UCCGAUAAGCAAACAAAAUGCCACCGUGCGCCAACACCAACACUAAAAAUUUUUUAUUGGCAAAAUCGGAGUAAAGUAAAAAUAAAGCAGGAUUUUCGAGAGCGCCGACCGCAGCGCAGCGUACCGAGAGCCCCAACUGAAUCGCGAGCUUUCACCGGACCGGCCGAGGAUCCGCAGGCGGCGCGAUGAGUGUCCUGGCGUAUCCACGCACCAACGACGAGGAGGUUUUCCGUCACUGCACCAAGGACUGCGGCGUGGUGACGGCCACCGAGGACUUCCAGUACUUCGCCCUGCGCUGCAUCUUCUGCAGCGAGAAGUUCCUCUACUUCGACUCCUUCAUCGGCCACAUGCAGACGGCCCACCUGGGCGACCAGUCGGUGGCGAAUCCCGGCGACCCGAUGUCCCUGUCCAGUCGCAACGGGGAUUUGCCCAGCUUCCACGAGAUCGAAGACUUGACGGACGCGGACACAGCGCUGCUGGAGCCGCAGAUGGUCAUCAAGCAGGAGCUGCAGGAGCUGCCCUGCAGCGACGACGAGGUGGCGGCCGACGAGGAGGAGGAGGAUCUGCGCGAUUCCGAGGACGCCGGCGAGGACGACGACGAGACCAUACUGCCCGAGAACGAUGCCCCAGUGGUCAGUUCCAAGCCGCGUCCGCGCAAAAAGGUCACCAAGCAGCGGCAGCGGGACAUCUCCAGCGAGGCACUCGAGGAUUCCUCGCUGGACGACUACGGGGAUCCGGAGAACAGCUACAUGGACGACAAUUCCGGCGAGUACAUGGACUACAGCGGCUUCGGGCCCGAGUCGGAUUUCCUCAGCUACGACGAGAUGGUGGAGGAGUCUCUGCUGGGACGCGACCGGGAGGUUACGAUGCACAUCAAGGACCGCAAGAUGAUCCAGUUCCUCAUACACUCGUAUCAGCGCAACCCCUUUUUGUGGGACCACGGCAACGCACAGUUCCGGGACCGCGUGAAGCGCGCCCGCUUCCUCGACUGGAUCGUGCUGGAGUUCAAGAGCCGGUUCAACAUCUCGCUGGCCAAGGACGCCAUCACCCGCAAGUGGGACAACCUGCGGACGGUCUACAAGCGGGAGUGCAAUCGCAUGGCCCUGGAGAAGACGAACAUCAGUACGCUGUGGUACUUCAAGGAGCUGCACUUCCUCAACGAGGUCUACAGCUACAAUGACAAGAUGUCCGAUGCCGUUGUAAAGGAAACCUCCUACCGCCGCCGCUUCUCGGCCAUUUGGAACGACACGUCGACGGCCAAGCUGCUGAGCAUGGUGAAGCGGUACCAGUGCUUCUACAACCGCUUCGAUCCCGACUACCGCAGCAAGGAGCGGCGCGGCGAGGGCCUCCACCAGAUGGCCGUUGAGCUGCAGCAGCUGAUCGACGUGACCACCAUCCAGAUCUCGAAGCGCAUCUCCCAGCUGCGCUUCGACUACUCCAGGCAGAAGAUGGAGCGCCUCAAUUGCGAGCGCCUGGGCAAGAAGUUCAUUGCGAACUACACGUACUACGAUCAAAUGCACUUCAUGGACGACGACAUACCGCCCUUCAAGUGCCCGCACUGCCCGGAAAUUAUGCAGACGCUCAGGGAACUGGACCUCCACAUGCUCACCCACCAGCCCAGUUUGGGCGGCGGUUACUUCUGCAACAUCUGCAGCAUUCAGUUCCCCAACGCCGAGGAGUUCGACAGCCACAAGCAGCUGCAUUUGGGCGGCGUGGCGGAGGUGAAGUUCAACUGCGAGCUGUGCACGGCCAGCUUCCGCGAGAAGGCCAACUACGAGGAGCACCUGCGGCGGCACAACGAGGAGCUCUUCCUGCCCUCGCUGGCGCUCAAUCACAGCAUCAUGGAGGGCGGUGCCGAGGACGACGAGGAGUCCGGGGGCAGCGGGCAGCGGCGCAGAAAGACGAAGGCCUCCAAGUCGCCCGAGGACGCGGCGGAUGAUGAGGAUCCAAUUGCCAAGCCGUACGGCUGCGAUGUGUGCCGUCGCAGCUUCGCCACGCCGGGCCACCUGAAUGCCCAUCGGAUUGUCCACCAGGACGAGCGGGAGCGGUGCUACAAAUGCGACUAUCCGCAGUGCAAUAAAUCGUUUGUGGCGCGCAACAGCCUGUUCGAGCAUCUGAAGCAGCACUACAGCAACGAGGAGUUCAAGUGCGACAUCUGCGGCAAGACGUUCAAGUCGACGAAGAACCUGCAGAACCACAAGCAGAUCCACGACAAGGUCAAGCGCUACGUCUGCCAGAUCUGCGGAUCGGCGUUCGCCCAGGCGGCCGGUCUCUAUCUGCACAAGCGUCGCCACAAUCGGCCCAACGGAUCCGUCGGCGCUGUCGGGCGAUCGGGGCGCAGCAGUCUGUGAGACAGGGAAAAGGACAAGGGCCGCGGUCGGGGGCGCGGACGUGGCCGUGGGCGUGGUCGCUAUGUCAAAUAGUUUUAC